AUGCCCGCAAGCCAAUCACUCCCAGUCUCACAAGGCCUUCAAGAUCCAUUAACAGAGCAGCCAGGCCUGCGCAGGAGGCUCUCUUCUCUCUCCCUCAAGCUCCAGCCCAUCUCAUCCCCUGCAACAUCAUGGGCCUUGAGCAGAUCUAAAUCGGUUUCCGCCAUGGGAGAGUAUGCAGGAGGGUCCAUAAGAAAAUGGUGGCUCUGGGGCUGGACUUGGAUCCUCUCCAGAAAACCCAUCUUUGCUCAAGAUCUGGAGAUGAACGAGGAGGAGACUAAAGUUCUUGGCUCUGACAACAGAGGAAGCUGGAGGCAUGUGUUCUACAAGGUCAGGUCAGAGCUCAAGAGGCUCGUGGGUUCUGAUGUGGGCAGCCUUCCUCAAACUUAUAGGUACAAUUUUGAUGACGGGAGAACCAAAACCAAGAAAAUGCUUGGCUGA